ACUGGGGCCAUGGCGGAGCGAGAAGAGCGGCGGUUUGUGGAGAUCCCACGGGAGUCGGUGCGGCUCAUGGCCGAGAGCACAGGCCUGGAGCUGAGCGAUGAAGUAGCAGCUUUGCUUGCGGAGGAUGUGUGCUACCGUCUCCGAGAGGCUACCCAGAAUAGCUCUCAGUUCAUGAAGCACACCAAACGGCGCAAGCUGACAGUAGAGGACUUCAACAGGGCCCUCAGGUGGAGCAGUGUGGAGGCUGUGUGUGGAUAUGGGUCCCAGGAGGUGCUUCCCAUGCGCCCUGCCAGGGAGGGUGAGCUCUAUUUUCCUGAAGACCGAGAGGUGAACCUGGUGGAGCUGGCACUGGCCACCAACAUUCCCAAAGGCUGUGCUGAGACGGCUGUCAGAGUUCAUGUCUCCUACCUGGAUGGCAAAGGAAACCUAGCACCUCAAGGAUCAGGUAAGCCUGAGGGGGCCGGGCGGCGCUGCCGCGGGCGCCUCUUCCAGACUGCGUUCCCCGCCCCGUACGGGCCCAGCCCGGCGUCCCGCUACGUGCAGAAGCUGCCCAUGAUCGGCCGCACGGGCCGCCCGGCCCGCCGCUGGGCGCUCUCGGACUACUCGCUGUACCUGCCGCUGUGA